AUGAUAACACGUCAUUUGUUACCAUUGUUUCGUCGAUGUUAUUCAACAGUUUCAACACAAACUGCUCCUAGUUAUGCAGCAUGGCGAGAGAAACUAUUGACUGGUCCAAGUUUAAAAACAUUUAUUGAAAAUAAUGGUAGUGAAUAUAGUGAUCGAAUAAUCGAGCAAACUCUUCCGCCAUAUCUUCUACAGGAUGAAGAACAAGUAAAACAAAAACGUCGUGUCUACUUUGAAGUAUAUGGUUGUCAAAUGAAUGAAAAUGAUACUGAUAUAGCCUAUACAUUUUUGGCUCAACAUGGUGGUUAUGAACGUGUAUCGAAUGAGCAUGAUGCUGAUGUUGUACUUCUGAUGACAUGUAGUAUCCGUGAAGAAGCUGAACAGAAAAUUUGGAAAAAACUAAAAGCAUUGUCUGCCGUAAAACGGAAUCGCAUUAAUGAACAACUACAAGUUGGCAUUCUUGGAUGUAUGGCAGAACGUUUAAAAGAAAAAUUAAUUGAAAAAGAAAAAAUUGUUGAUGUUGUUUGUGGUCCAGAUGCAUACAGAGAUUUACCACGUUUAUUAGAUCAAUCAUUAGAGACUGAUGGACGAAAGGGUGUUAAUGUGUUAUUGUCGUUAGAUGAAACGUAUGUUGAUGUGAUAAGAUAG